AUGAGCCUGGUGUUGGUGGCAACGGCCUUCUUGGUCUUGCAGAGGACUGCGGCUUCUGCAGGAUUGGACCUGGACCUGGAGGAAGGCUGGAAAAGGUGGAAGAGCACCCAUGGCAAAGAAUACCUGGAAGGGGAACAGAACUUCCGUAGGACCAUCUGGGAAAAAAAUCUAGAGAUGAUUCAGCAGCACAACUUGGAGGCUUCUCUGGGGAAACACACCUACUGGCUGGGGAUGAACCACUUUGGAGAUUUGACAAAUGAAGAGUACAACCAGAGGAUGAACGGCUUCCAUCAGGGCCCAGCUGAACCCCCUGGUGGGAACAUGACCUUGUUCCAAAAAUCAGCUACUCUGAAAACUCCCAAGGAAGUGGACUGGCGGAAAAAGGGUUAUGUCACCAGAGUCAAAGACCAGGGCAACUGUGGGUCAUGUUGGGCAUUCAGUGCCACUGGAGCCCUGGAAGGCUUGCAUUUCAAGGUGACCAAACAGCUGGUCUCGCUAAGUGAACAAAAUCUCAUCGACUGCUCUGAAAAAUUCCGUAACCGUGGAUGUCGUGGUGGGAAUGCCUCGCGGGCCUUCUUAUACGUGCAGCAUAACGGGGGCAUCAACUCAGAGCAAACGUACCCCUAUUUGUCACAGAACAGCGCCUCCUGCCGCUACAACCCCCAGAAACCAGCAGCCAGGUGUACUUCUUUCGUAGUGGUGCCGAAGGGGGAUGAGAAAGCCCUGGAGCAAGCUGUUGCCAAUGCUGGCCCUGUUUCCAUUGCCCUGGAUUCUAGGAGCAAAGAGUUUCAGUUCUACAAGUCAGGGAUCUUCUCCAGCCCUUGGAGUGGCCAUGAGUUAAACCACGCCAUGCUCGUAGUAGGUUAUGUCAGUUCCCCAAAAGGUGGGAAAGGAAGAGGCUAUUGGAUCCUCAAGAACAGUUGGUCUAAAAUGUGGGGUGAAAAAGGCUACAUGCGACUGUUGAAAGGAGCCAAUCAUUGCGGUAUAGCCGACGGUGCGAGCUACCCUGUCCUGGCACCAGUCUAAAACUGUGACCCGUCCUCCUGAA